CCCAUUGUUGCAUUGAGUGCCUUGGCACAGCCAGCCACAGAACACCAGCAGACUUCGGGCUUGUAGCGAAGACCAGUUUUCUCCGCAAUCUGAGCUCGCACAAACUUUCGACAAGUUCAACCUCACCUGACCAGAUGCCUGCUUCUGGAGCUAAUGCAUGAAACCGUGCGGAGAGGCGCAUGGGCGUGGUACAGUACUAUACUACCCCGUGCUUGUGGAGUGCUGAGGACUCGGAUCUGGAACCCUUCAGCUGACACCCAUUCCCAGAAGGGGUGCCGUAUGCCCGCUGUGGCGUGCGAGACAAGUGGCUAUAAGUACGGUCGAGGAGUAGCACUCUUCAUAUCUCUUGCAAUGUAAGAUUACUCUUUCCAGUUGUGCUGUGGUCAGCUCUUUAACUUCUCGCUUCGUGCGUUGCUUCUCACUACGGCAUCUGCAUCUGUCGCCUGCGAUGGGUUCCACAGACAGCCUGAACCUAGACAACAUACAGGGAGACAUCCUUGGUGAUGGUCUGCCAAAGCUGAGUGAGACGUUCCUCUUCUUCACCAUCAACGACCCAAGAAGCUUCUGCCAGCGUCUCAACCAGGUCUCGAAUGAAAUCGCGAGCACAACACAUGUCAAAGACUUGCGUAGCGGCAUCGCAAAUAAUGCUGGCGGUGGCAUCGUACCCGCCGUUGGCGCCAAUAUCGCUUUCUCUUGCCACGGAUUGCAGAAGGUGACGUGUUCGCAAGCCUCGGAUCUUAACACGCAAGACCCUGCGUUUGACGCCGGCAUGAAGGCGGGUGCAGCAUCGCUUGCAGAUCCCCUCAGAAGCGGCUCCUCAGAUCCAGCAUGGGAGGACGUGUAUCUGCAUCCCGAGAACGUACAUGGAGUCAUCCUAGCCGCCGGCAGUGAUGACGGUAUCUGCAGCCAGAAGCUGCAGACUAUCAUGAGCAUCUUCGGCCCGUCUGCGGGAGAAGUGCAUAGAGUGAGCGGCAAGGUUCGACCGGGCGAGAUGAAAGGCCAUGAGCACUUCGGAUAUAUGGAUGGGGUCUCGCAACCAGCCGUCCAGGGUAUCGACACGGCGACUCCUGGUCAAGACAUUGUCAGCCAUGGCACGUUCAUAUGCGGGCGGAACGGCGAUCGCUUCGCCAGCCAGCGCCCAGCUUGGAUGAUAGAUGGGAGCUUUCUCUGUUUCCGGAAGCUGCAACAGAAUGUCCAGGACUGGAACAAAUUUCUGGUCGAUGCCUCCAAUCAGCUUGGUACGUGGUCAGAUCAGCUAGGUUCACGCUUGGUCGGACGAUGGAAGAGUGGCUGCCCAAUCCAGCUGUCUCCGGACUUUGACGACAGAAAUCUGGCGGCAGACCCCAAUCGGGUCAACAAGUUUGACUUUGACAGCAUCAGCAAUGACUUUAGGUGCCCUAUGGGCGCCCACAUCCGCAAGACUAAUCCUCGUGGUGAUCUUGGUCGAGCGACCGUCAACCAGUUCCGUAUUCUGCGCCGUGGCAUUCCUUAUGGCAACGAAGUCGAUGCCGACCCGACAGGAGAGCGUGGGCUGCUAUUCGUCUGCUACCAGAGCAAUAUCUCGCAGGGUUUCAAGUUCAUUCAGGAGACCUGGGCCAACCAGGCUGUCUUCGCAAGCGAAGGCGCAGGUGUUGACGCAAUCAUGGGACAGAGCAACAGUCAGAAGACUAUCAACAUGAGAGGGCUGUAUCCACAAGAUGCGUCACGACCACUAGCGCUAUCCGGGAUCAAUCGGUUUGUGGUGCCGAAAGGUGGGGAGUACUUCUUUUCGCCUUCAAUGAGCGCUCUGAAGACGACACUAUCGACAGUAAGGGAGCAUGGUUGUACUCAUCAGGUCGGGAAUCAUAGAAGUAAGGCAACAGUUCCCAGUAUAACAUGCCAUACCCAGUGA